AAAGUGGGAGAACUGCAUACUGCGCUGGUUUGGGUUGGGAUCUAGCUGGUGGCGCUGGCGGGAAGGCUUCGAGUCUAUGCAACACUCACCUCGACCAACCCACAGCUUAAAUCUGUUUUUGCUAUCACCUUUAUUGUUGCUCGGUGGUGGUGGUGUUUUGGCCUCCCAUCACAAACACCAAGCGGUCCCACUGCGCUCCCAUUACUACCGCCGCUGUCGCAGGUACCGCUUGGUAAAAUUGCUCUCGACAUGGCCACGAAUAUUCGGCGCAGGGUUGCGUCCGUGCCGGCCGCCCCGUUGCCGGGGAACGACCGCGAUGAGAACUGCAGCCCCAAGGCGGCGGCCGUCGUGAGUUCGCACGGCGCCAUCAAUGGGAAGGUCGCCGCGGUUGCCACGGCCGGCGGCGGCUGCACGAGAAGGGUGUUGGCAUCCAUCGGCAACGGAGUCGGCGCCUCGCAUCGGCGCGGCGUUGCCAGCCAGGACUGUGCCCUGCCCAAGCACAGCCCGUCCCUUGCCGCUGCAGCUGCCCCGUUUGCCAUUUACGAGGAGGCGGAGGUGCAGGCAGAGGUCGCUGCGGCUCCCUCCGCCUCCACCAAUGUGUCGCUAGAGCCGAGGGGUCACGAGGCCACGACGGAUCUUGAGGUCGUCUUGGAAAUCGCGCUGAGCCUUCCCGCCAGCUCCAACACCAGCGCAGCCUCCCCAAUGAUCCUGGACUCUCCCUGGGCCACCGGUGGCAACUGUAUCUGCCGGGACAUGUGCGGGGUGGAGGUGAACAAGGAAACUGUCCAUGACCCCCUGGUUUUGUCGGAGUAUUCUGUCCACAUCUACAUCUACAUGUGCAAAGCAGAGAGUCGUUACCGGCCCCGGGCGAACUACAUGAGCCGGCAGCAGGACAUGUCGCAUCCGAUGCGCGCCGUGCUGGUGGACUGGCUGUCCGAGGUGGUGUCCCAGUACGGCCUGCAGAGGGAGACGCUGCACCUCGCCGUCGGCUACAGCGACCGCUUCCUCUCGCGCAUGUCCGUGACUCGCGACAAGCUGCAGCUGCUGGGGGCUGCGGCCCUCUACGUGGCCGCCAAAUACGAGGAGAUUUACCCCCCAGACGCGCACGACUUCGCCUACACGACAGCCGACACGUACAGCGUGCGUCAGGUGCUGCGCAUGGAGCAGCUGCUGCUGCGAAUUCUCAGCUUCGACCUCGCCGCGCCGACCUUCACCCAGUUCCUGAGGUUCUACGCCCAGUCGCUGUCCACGCCCGCUCAAGUCGUCAGCCUCGCCAUGUACCUUGGCGAGCUGACCCUGCUCGAUGGUCAGCGCUACCUCUCCAUAGUCCCUUCCAUCCUCUCGGCAGCUGCGCUCGGCCUGGCAAGCUUGAUCAGCGGACAUGAGUGGCCACUGGCGUUGGAGGAACUGACGGGGUAUAGUUUUGAGAUUCUGCAGCCUUGUGUGUCUGCCCUUCACAUCACGCACACGGGCAAGCAGAAGAUGCACAGCGCCUUCAAGACCUACCAGAGCCCCAGGAACUACAGCGUGGCGCUCAUGGAGCCUGUAUCUGACUGUCCUUGGCUGUGUAGUACUCUGGAGUCUUCGUGAUGCUCCACAAAAGCACUGCCGACCGUGGGGAAGGCGGCUAAUUUAAACACUCCCUGGCUUUUGAACGUGCUUGCGAUAUUACUUUGUGUUGGUACCCGACCCCGUUUUUUCUAAUGCACAUCACGUAUCGUUACCAAUGCCCAUUUGUGCUUUGCCAUGCGAGAUGGCACGAUUUUACAACCAUUGAAACGAGUCUCCCAAUUGCGCUACGGGAGUCCUGUCUUGUAUCCACUCGCACAUUUGCAAAUUGUUACUUUUUAACGUGGUUUUUUUCACCUAUGCUGGCAUGUAAUAGUUUUAUCCUAGACUUUAAAAUGCUGCACUUAUUACACUUUUUAAUAAUAUUGCAAAAGGAACAUUGUUUUUAAAUAAAUGCCAAUGUAGAAGAUUG